CCCCCAGCUUCUCGUUCUAGACGCGAUUGAUGAUGCAACUCCGUGCGAAGACCUCACCAACUGCAGCUUCUUCUAGUCCCUAUCUUUUUCUAGAAGUAGAAUACAGGAGGAAUUGAGGUCUAAUAGGGCUCCGUCUUGCGUUGCACCUGCUCCUCUUUGCUGACCUCAAAACAUAGGAAGGAACCAAGAGAGGAAGAGCAGAGGGCCAGGGGAGAAGAGGAGAGCGUCGAUCAGGGACAGGGAGUGAUCCAUGGCGGGGAGGUCGAGGUACGACAACCCCUUCGAGGAGGACGGCGCCAACGAGGUCAACCCUUUCGCGGACCAAGCUAAAAGAGGAGCAUCAGCUGCUCAGUCCAGCUAUUCCGGAGGUGCAUUCUACACAUCGCAAUCACGCCCUGCUCCUCCGAGCACACGCCUUUCGCCGCUUUCCCCUGAGCCAGCUGACUUCUACAAUGACUUUGCUACCCCAGUGGAUAUCCCCAUGGACUCAAACAAGGACAUGAAGACAAGGGAGAAGGAGCUACAGGCUAAGGAGGCUGAGUUAUACCGGCGUGAGAAGGAAAUUAAAAGAAGAGAAGAGGCCGCAGCACGAGCUGGCAUUGUAUUGGAAGAGAAAAACUGGCCUCCGUUUUUCCCCAUCAUUCAUCAUGAUAUCGGCAAUGAGAUACCUGUCCAUUUGCAACGAACACAAUAUGUCGCCUUCGCGUCACUCUUAGGAUUGAUCAUGUGCCUGUUUUGGAACAUCAUCUGUGUUACCGCUGCUUGGAUAAAAGGGGAAGGUCCUAAGAUAUGGUUUCUUGCAGUCAUAUACUUUAUUCUUGGAUGCCCAGGUGCCUACUAUCUUUGGUAUCGACCACUUUACCGUGCCAUGAGGAAUGAGAGUGCUCUGAAAUUUGGAUGGUUUUUCCUGUUCUACUUGGUUCAUAUCGCUUUCUGUGUCUAUGCAGCCGUUUCUCCUUCAUUUCUCUUUGUCGGAAAAUCAUUGACUGGGAUUUUGCCAGCAAUCAGCUUGAUAGGCAACAGUGUAAUUGUUGGGAUUUUCUACUUUAUUGGAUUUGCAUUGUUCUGCCUCGAGUCUUUGCUGAGCAUGUGGGUCAUUCAGCGUGUUUACCUGUACUUUCGGGGCAGUGGGAAAGAAGCAGAGAUGAAGCGGGAGGCGGUACGCAGCGCAGCGAGAACAGCAUUUUGAGACAGUACAUGAGUGAAUAUAUAUACUGUAUAGCUUAAUCAGAAAUGCAUGUAAAUCAACAACCAUGUAGAAUUGUGGUUACGUCAUACGUUGGGUUGGGUUGGUGUACAACAGUUAUUGUUCAGAAUUUUCUUUUCCUUUUCUUGAAUGUGAAGCUGGCAGGAGUUCUGCCAGUUUUGUUCAGAAUUUUCUUACUUUCAGCUGAUUUUGUGCCCUUGAGAGAUUGAUUUUGAUCCUGCCAUAUUAGUGUAAUAUCGUAUACACACAAACCUGUAAGGUUUUGUUCCAUAUGCACAAUUUUUUCCCUGUUGUGCAAA